UUGAAAAAUUUUAGGAACUAAACAAGGCGUUAGACCACAACACAAAAUCCAAUCAAGCACAUCCAGGCACGUAUAUAAGGACACUUACACCAGUCACUCACGCCUCGGUGAGCUGCUUGAACACUUGCAGGUCAUAGUGAUAGGAAGAGCAGCUAGAAGUUUGCAGAGAUGCUUGGGAGGAGCAGGAGGAGAGGUGGCUCAUCAUCCAAUUCGCAGGAACAACCCACCAACACUGGCACGGCCGUCACUGCUGACACCGGCCAGGGGGCGGCGACCGGCGUCUCACAGUUCGUCACGCAGCUCGAUGAGUCUGCCACGAAGAGGCUGCAACGCAUGAAUCAGAGGCUGAGGCUGCUUGAGCAGCAGAUGGAAACAUUGGAGACCGACGUUGCCAAGGCCAGCAGGGAUUCGUACGAGUAGCUAGUAAUCUUAGCGGGCUGCAGCCGAGUAGCUUAUUACCUGCAGCAACUGUGUCACCGAAUUCAGAUGGCUACUCCAUCAACCUGUACUAUUGCUCAGGCUAUAGUUUUAGAAGAUUCAUGGAUAAAUUUGGUGUCCACAGAUAUUGCCUAUCUAUGA